GCAGGAGUUCGAGGCCGAGCGCUGCCCGGCGCUGCAGAGGGACAUCUACCUGCAGGACAUCCACUGCGUCAGCUCCCUCUGCAAAGCCUACUGCCGGGAGCUGCCCAACCCCCUCCUCACCUAUCAGCUCUACCACAAGUUCGCCGAUGCUGUGGCCACGCAGAUGGAAGAGGUCAGGCUGGGCAAGAUCAAGGAGGUGCUGAAGGAGCUGCCCCUGCCCCACUACAGGACUCUGGAGUUCCUGAUGCGGCAUCUGCUGCGCAUGGCAGCGCACAGCAGCCAGACCAACAUGCAUGCCAGGAACCUUGCCAUCGUCUGGGCACCCAACCUGCUGCGGUCGAAGGAGAUCGAGGCCUCGGGGUUCAACGGCACCGCAGCCUUCAUGGAGGUCCGGGUGCAGUCCAUCGUGGUGGAGUUCAUCCUCACCCACGUGGAGCAGCUCUUCGGGGAUGCUCCUCUGCACGGCAGCGAGUCCCCGCGGCGAUCGCUGCUGCUGGGCGCGGGGCUGGCAGGGGCUGGGCAGGCUCCACCCUACCAUGUGCCAGCCACGCUCAGCCAGGGGGAUGGACCCCCCCCAAUCCGGCCCUACCACACCAUCAUCGAGCUCAGUGAGCACAGGAGGAAAGGGUCCCUCAAGGCCAAGAAGUGGAGAUCAAUCUUCCACCUGGGCCGCUCCAGCCACGAGGCCAAGCGCAAGCUGGUGAAGGCAGAGGAGAAAGAGCCUGGGGGCAGCAAACUGAGCCUGCGGCCGGCCAAGAGCAUGGACUCGCUGAGCUCCUCCCCCAGCGGCGAGGAGCCGCGGCUGGGCCAGGGGCUGGCGGCCAAGCAGCCGCCGCAGCGCCGGGAGAGCUUCGACACCUGCCCCUCGCUGCCGCCGGCGCUGGGCAGCUGCCAGGAGCUGGACAAGAGCCUGGAGGAGCCUCCCAAGGGCGCGGAGGAGCCGGAGGGGGAGGGCAGCACCAAGUCGGAGCCGACCACCCCCAGAGCCGCCCGCGCCUCGCUGCUGGCCCCCGGGCGCUCGCCCAAGGCCGGCGGCAGCCGAGCCCAGAGGUGCGCAGGGGUCCACAUCUCGGGACCCUUCUCCGUCACCGUCCCCUUCCACAUCACCUCCAACCUCUCCCGCCUGACCCGCGGGCUGCCCUGCCCGGCGUUGGCACAGCUGGCGGCGGGCGGAGAGCCGCCGGCUGGCACCUCGACGCCCACCCGAUGCCCUGCCGGGGACCCGGAGAGCCCCGAGCCCCGCGGCGGGAACCGGCGGCUGUCGGCACCGGCAGGCAGCGGAGCGGCCCCCGGGGGCCACCAGGCGCUGCCCCCUCCGUCCCCGCCCGCAGGGGACGCGGAGGGUGCCAGGCUGUCCCUGGAGCUCCGAGACUCCUUCGCCUUCCUGGACAGCCCCGAAGAGCCCUGGCUGGAGGGGGAUGGGGAUGGGGAGACGCUGCCAUGGCUACUGCCGCUGGGCACCGGCCCCGGGCACGGCGAGGGGUGCCCGGCCGUGGAGGAGGGCAUGGAGAGCGGUUGCAUGAACCCGGCGGAGCCGCGGGCGGAGCAGCCUGGCAGCUACCUGUCCAUCGAGGAGUGCAUGGACGAGGAGAUGUUCUUCAUGGCUCCCGGGGGCUCGGACCCCGAGGACUGCCCCGGGGACACCGACUCGGACUUGUUCCUCAGCGCCCACGACGAGCUCAGCCCUCUGCUGGCAUCGCAAGAGCCCUGCGGGCAGCCCCCGGGCGAAGCGGUGCCACCGCAGAGCCUGGCACAGCCCAGGGCCGCCGGCGCCGUGCCGGGGGCCGGGGCUGCAGCGCCGGGACUGGCGGAGGGUGAGGGUGGGCACCUCGGGGACCCUUCGGAGGUGCCAGGCAAAGGAGGGGCAGGGGAGGGGACCACAGAUAGCAGCUCCGAGCCCAGCAGAACUGAGUCCAGCGCCGGGGCUGGGGGAGCUGAGGACGAUGCGGGAGCAAAGCUGGUCCUGGCCACGGCAGCAGGGGAAGAUGAAGAGGAUGGAGCCAGCCCAGGGGCUCCUGGUGAGGCUGAACCCCAGCCUGUGCUGGGGCCCCCUCCGGCCCCCUCCCCGGAGGAGCCCCCAGGCCCUGGGUGUGCCCCCGAGGUUGCCCCCGAGGUUGCCCCCGAGGCUGUCCCCGAGGCUGCCCCCGAGGCUGUCCCCGAGGCUGCCCCCGAGGCUGUCCCCGAGGCUGUCCCCGAGGCUGCCCCCGAGGUUGUCCCCGAGGCUGCCCCCGAGGUUGUCCCCGAGGCUGCCCCCGAGGUUGCCCCCGAGGCUGUCCCCGAGGUUGUCCCCGAGGCUGCCCCCGAGGCUGUCCCCGAGGUUGCCCCCGAGGCUGUCCCCGAGGUUGUCCCCGAGGCUCCCCCCGAGGCUGCUCCCGAGGCUCUCCCACCCUCUGCAGCCAGCUCGGAGGUGCCCAUUGCCAGCCCCGGGAGCACCUCCUCGUCCUGCUCCUCACCCCCGGAGCUGAGCUCUGCUCCCCCGGCGGCAGCCGCCGAGCCGGGCCGGGCCGAGGCCGUGCUGCGCGGCGAUGGCAGUGCCCCGGCGCGGCUGGCAGCCCGCACCGUCAGGGUGCAGCAGGCUCGCUCCGUGCCCGUCGUGCCCCCCAAGCCGCAGUUCGCCAAGGUGCCCCCGGCCCUGCAGCCCUGGCUGCCCGCGGAGGACGGUGCCAGUUCGCCCCCGCCGCAGCUCCGCAGCAGCCCCGCGGCGGCGGCGGCGGAGGAGCCUGCGGGCAGCGCGGGGGGCAGGAGGGCAGCCUGGCGGGAGGGCGUCAGCCUCAGCUUCGACGCGGCCGUGGCCGUGGCCGCCGAGCAGCAGCUGGCGCCGGCGCCGGUGCGGCGGAUCCAGACGUACGCAGGCGGCAGCGGGGAGCUGGCAGCGGCCGCCAGGGCCCUGCCCUUCCACACGGCCCCGCUGCGCCCGCGGCGCCUGCGGCCUCUCAGCUGCGCGGCUGCCGCCGAGGGCCAGGGGCCGCCGAGGAGCCGCCUGAGCCUGCCCCGGCCGGCGGCGCAGAGCGAGGCGGGGGCGGCCGUGCCCCCGGGGCGGCGGGCGGAGGGCAGCGAGCGCUGAGGCGCGGGCGGGGAGCGGUCAAUAAAGGCGCUGCGGCUUUGUCUGCGGCCU